AUGACAGAUUUAAUUUUGCCAAACCUGAAAAGCUUAAGCUUGAAAUCUGUUAAAUCAUUGACCUAUAGGAAUAACAAGCUCAAUAUUGAACAAAUGAAUAUAGAAAAUAUAGAUACAACCCUCUUGGAAUGCCUUCCUGUAGCUGGAGUUGUAAAAGCAAGAUUUUGUUGUUUACAAUGUGUUAAGAUUGAAAGGAAUAUGUGGAAUUCUAUUGAGGAGCUUGGUUUUGAUAAUAUUGAAGAAGUGCAUGUGGAUAUCGACAGAUUGGAAUCAUUCCGAAUGGCAAGAGUACCGAAUGGAAUAGUAAGGGUAGAACAUGUUAAAGAAUUAGUACCACCUCCAAAACCUUCCUCAGUUAAAAUACACAUAGACAGUGUGGACGAGAUUGAGUUAGUUGAGACCAAUGCUGCUUGUUUAGAGCAUAUUCAUACCAUCAAACAAGUCGUUCUUACUUUGAAUGAUGGAAAAUUGAAAAGAGCAGCAUGGGACUAUAUCAUGAAAAUCAACUGUAAAGACAUUAGAAUUAAAUGUUGGAGACCAAUAAUGGAGAUGAUCAUUGAUUGUACAAAAUAUGAUAUCAAAUCAAUAUCAUAUGAUGAAUGCUUUGUGAACGGCGAACCUAAGAUGAACAGGUUUACAACAGCCUUUAGUCAUGAGAUUAGGAAAUCGGAUAUGAAUAUUGAAACAUUAUCUAAUUUGAGUUUUAGAUCAUCCCAACCAUUCUACUUCUCUAUGGAAUUGAAUAGUGUGCCAGUAUUCGAAAAGUUGACUUCCUUAAGUUUAGCACUUUGUCAGGUUCAUUUCGACCUCUCCAUACUACCACAGUUAAAUUACUUUUCUCUUUCAGAUGGGAAAGCAGGUUCCAAAAUUUUCAUAACCAAACCACAUCCUGCUUUGAAAUUUGUUUUCAUCUCACAGUCCAGUGUCCACCUUAAUUGUGUGAUUGAUUGUCCACAGCUUAGAGAAUUCAUUCUUUCGAAAUUAAAACUAGACGAAAAUUCACGUAUUGAGAUUAACAACCUACCAAAAAUACUUACUUUCUACAUUGAUGAUACUAAAGAAUAUUUAGAAAAAGGUCAACUGGUUAUUAAAGAUUCCAUCAGAUUUUAA